AUGCCCGGGCUGCAGGCUAGGACUGCAUGGCUGCACGCCUCCAAAGGGGGCACAGAGUUGGCCGAAGUGUCGUCGUGCGGAGCUGUGGCGUCCAGCUUGGCAGGUUUCACGGGGAGGUGCCCACUGCCAUCGGGGGCCCCGCUGCCGGAGUCUGGGGCAGUCCACCUAACUGUGGUGUGGUGCACCACCAGGGGCUCCUUACAGGAAACCCGCGAGAGGCGCACAGAGCGCGGCCCCGUCGCAGGCGCGGUCCCGGGGGCCUCCCGCGCAGGGCUCUCCGGACGCUCGGUUCUGCCGGCCGCCUCCUCUUCGUUGUCCUCUGCCCGGCCCCGGCCGCCCGGCGGCUCCGGUUCCCUCCGCAGCUGCCGGCCGGGCGGCACCGGGGUGCACGCGGCUGGGUUCGGCUUCGGCGCCCCCUCCUCCUGCUGCUCGCCGCCGACUUGGCGCUCGGAGGCUCGGGGUCCGCGGUUCCGGGACGCGGGGGUCGUCGAGGUGCUCGGGCUGCCCCGCGCUCCCUCCCGCGCGCAGCCCCUCUCCGGGGGCGCCUCGCUCGGGGCGCGCGGGCGUCACGGGCUCGAGGCGCGCGGGCACGGCGGCGGGGUGGGCCCCGGGGCGGCGGGCGGGGGCGCUGCUGAAGACGCGGGCACUGAUGCGGGCGCCGCUGCGCGGCCUCUCGCCAUGGCUCUCCCGCGGGCGGGCGGCUCGCACCUCCCCUCCGCGCUGCCGUCACCGCCCGACGCGCGCCGAGCCCUCCCCUUCCACCGCCCCGCCCGCCCGCCGGCCUGCGCCGCCACCUGCGGGCGGCCCUCCAGGAUGCACGCCCCGCGGAGCGCGCGGGUUGCUCCGGGAGCCGCGCCCCUCUGCCCUGCAGCCGCGGUCCUGGUCCCGCCCCUCGCUUUCACCUGUGCCACGGGGCUUGGGAAAGUACAGGUCGAUUCGAAUACCUGGGUGGGGGAACCUAUCACACCGCUUCCCGAGCGCUUAUUUACUUCUAGCGCUUCUCGGCGUCCGUCUAGGUUCAGUCUACGGGGAGCACGUACGCUGUUUGCCACUAAAGCAGUGGAAGUCCAGCCAAUAGGAACUCAAAUUGCUCAGCCAGUCAGCGCCCUGCGCUGCUUCCGGCGUUCUGCGUGCUGCCCUGGAGACGGGAUGGGCGAAUCCAAACGCAGAGGGGUGUUAGAUACGCACUACCUAAAACUGCGCCUGCGCGUUCCACUUUGCUCCAUUGCUUCACCCCGGGCCUUGGCCUGUGGACCUGCCUUGAAGGAUUAG